AUGGAUAAGGUAAGAGUUUUGCAAAUAUAAAUUGUUUCUUAGCGUAGUCUAGGUAUUGAAAAAAUGAGAUGCUCAGGCCAUCUCUUCAUCUCCUUCAGGGGACAAAUUUAUGGACGGUUCAGAUCAAGUACGCAAAUUUUUUAGAAAACAUUAAUGCGCACCUCAAAUACGAUCCAGGCUAAAGCUUCGUUCCUAAAAGCUUUCUUAUUCAAGCUUUUAUUUUUAACCCAUAAAUUUUUCAGCAUCGAACUCCCGGUUACUUCGGUCCAGGUGACUAUCACCCGGAUGACCCAACCAUCUACCCAUUUACCAUUGACAUCAGCAGCACGGUCCUCGAUGACCUAAAAGACCGUCUCCGUAAAUCGAGAAUUACUCAUUCUCAAAUCGAAGAGUGUCAGGACUUUGAAUACGGAUUUAAUUUGACUAUCCUGAACAAAUAUUUGGACUAUUGGAGGGAUCAAUACGACUGGAGGGAGGCAGAGAGAGAACUUAACAGCUUCCCGAAUUUUAAAACAGAGAUUGAAGGGCUGAAAAUACAUUUCAUUCAUUCAAAACCACCUGCAGGAUAUGACAGAGUUGUCCCAAUUUUGGCAUCUCAUGGGUGGCCUGGAAGUAUUCAUGAGUUCCACAGGGUGAUUCCAAUCCUGACUGACCCCAAAAGCCAUGGAAUUCAGACUGACAUCGCUUUUGAGGUGGUUUGUCCGAGUAUUCCUGGAUAUGGAUUUUCAGAUUCUCCGUCGAAAAAAGGUGAGAUAUAGUCGAGGAAUGCGGUUAGAGCGUCUCGAGUUCUCUUCAGACUUUCCAGUCAAAUGAUGCCUUGAUAUCCAUUCAUAAAAAAUGUCAUCAAGACGGUUUGAUGUUCCCUGCCAUAAAAUUAAUAUCCCUCAAACUUACUCAAGCAUCUUUCAGGUUGUGACCAGAUCUCCGUAGCCCGCAUCUACAACACUCUGAUGACGCGGCUCGGUUAUCAACGUUACUUUGUUCAAGGAGGAGAUUGGGGUUCAACUUUGGUUGGGCUUGUCUCUCGCAUCUUCCCAGAACGAGUAAUCGGAUGUCAUCUGAAUAUGAUGACGUCAUCCAAUAAAGGAUUUCUCUUCAGAGCUGUCCUUGGCUCGAUUGCUCCUAGAAUGAUGUUCGCGGAUUCUGAAUUCCACACAUAUACAGUGAAGAACAUGAUCAGGCUCUUCUUCAAGAGCGGUGGAUACUUUCUGUUGCAAGGAAAUACCCCGGAUACUAUUGGUAUGGGAUCUUAUCACAUUAAUAAAAAAAUGUUCCAAUAUCAAGUAUGACACCAGCGCUUUUUAGGAAUUGCUUUGAACGACUCGCCAAUCGGGCUAAUGGCUUGGAUUUUGGAGAAAUUUGUUGGAGGAACCAACAUGACGUGGGCAAAGACAGCUGAUGGAAAUCUGGAGAGGAAAUACACCACGCAUGAUCUCAUUACAAAUCUCAUGAUCUACUGGGUGAAUGGAAACGCUCUUCAGGCUGGAAGGUUCUACAAAGAAAUGCUGCAAUCUCCAGAAACCAAAAGGUUAACAAAGUAAGUGCCUUCUAGAUAUAACCCCAAUUUUUCAACAAACGGCUACCUAAUGUCUAAAUAUUGCUUUCCAAAUUUCAGUGAGUACAUCAAAGUCCCAACUGGCUAUGCUGCGUGUUUGAACGACGCAAUUCCAGCCUUGCCAAAGGAAUUGGCCAAAAAGAUCGCGAACAUACAACAUUACUCCAUUUUACAUGACGUCGGGCAUUUCGCUGCAUUCGAAGAGCCGGAAUUAUUGGCCAAGGAUGUUUUUAAAUUUGCAUCGACACUCGCAUAA